GGGGGAAGAGUAAGGCAGGGACAGGGGAGAGUCAGUGGGAGUUCGCGGUGUAAUGGCGGCCUCUGUGUUGCUCUCCGCGGAAAGCACCGUGCCUGGAUUUGCUGUUGGUGGAAGUACCGGUGCAGCAGGGGCCACCGGGAACGGAUUAACCGUGCCUGGACCUGCGAGUUGGAACCGUUCAUUAGACCGGGCGUUCGAAGAAGCCGCGGCCACCGGCUGCCUGAACCUGAGCGGCAGGAAGCUGAAGGAGUUCCCGAGGAGCGCCACUAAUCACGACCUCACGGACACGACCCGGGCCGAUCUAUCGCGGAACAGACUGCCCGAGCUGCCAGUGGAGGUGUGUAUGUUCGUGUCGUUGGAGAAUCUAAACCUGUACCAGAACUGCCUGCGCUCUCUACCGGAGAGUCUGGUCAACCUGCAGGCCCUCACCUACCUGAACAUCAGUCGUAACCAGGUGUCCACUCUCCCCGCCUACCUGUGCAGUCUGCCACUCAAGGUGUUGAUCGCCUGCAACAACAAGCUGGUGUCUCUGCCCGAAGAGCUCGGCCAACUCCGACAGCUCACCGAACUGGACGUGAGCUGUAAUGAGAUUCAGACGUUACCUGCCCAGGUCGGCCAACUCGAAUCUCUGAGAGACCUGAACAUCCGCCGAAACCACCUGGUUCGCCUGCCUUCUGAACUGGCGGAGCUUCCUCUGGUGCGUUUGGAUUUCUCCUGUAAUAAGGUGACGUCCAUCCCAGUGUGUUACCGCAACCUCCGCCACCUGCAGAGCAUCGUGCUGGACAACAACCCCCUCCAGAGCCCACCUGCACAGAUCUGCAUCAAAGGAAAGAUCCACAUAUUUAAGUAUUUGAACAUAGAAGCGUGUAAAAUUCCUCCAGAUCUCUCGGAUUACGACAGGAGACUGCCGGUCUACGGUUCCUGUGUGGAUGAACUUUAUCCUGGCCGGCCGUAUGGAGCUCUGGACUCAGGGUUUAACAGCGUGGACAGUGGAGACAAGCGCUGGUCAGGCAAUGAACCCUCGGACGAGCUGUCGGACCUGUCGUUAAGAGUAGCGGAGUUGACCCGAGACCAAAGGCAGCGACGAGAGCGUGACGAGCACAAGACGGGGUCGCUCUUAGCCAACGGAAUAUUGGAGGCGGAGCUCGACCAGAUCGACUUUAUUGACAGCUGUACAGGAGAGGAAGAGGAGGAGGAUGGGCGGAGUCGAGGACGCGAGCCAGUCAGUCUCAGCUCUCAGUUUAUGGCCUACAUGGAGAAACGAAUUAUCCGAGAGGGCUCACCGGUGAAGGCAGGUUCCCCCAGAGAUGCAAGAAAUGAUGAUUCGAGACGCUACGGCUCUUUACACAACCGCAUAUCAGAUACAGUCGGGACAUUGUCAUCUCCGUCUCACAGUCAGCGGCCAGGUUCUGGCGGCGGUGUGGAGCGCAUGCGGCGGGAGGCUCAGCUCGCAGCUCAGAGGUACGAAGAGGAGAGGCAGAGGACGCGAGGAGUACAGAGAGACCCUGUGAGGAGUUACGUCAAGCAGAAGUCAGCUCAGAGUCCGCCUAAGGUCAGUCCUACAGACAGCGAGAGCCUGUACCCUUCCAGACGUUCCACACAUACGGAUGACUCCGCCCUCUUGGUGCAGGGGGAAGAUCACGCCUCGCUGUCCUCGAACGCUCUUGCUGUCCCGACCUCCUGCCGCGGAGCCACGUCGCGUCCAGAGAGUUUCCUGUACCGCCUCAGUCAGAGGGAGGAGAAGAAACGAGGAGAGUCGAGAGCUGGGAGGUCGGAGCAGGAUGACGUGACUCCAACACCAUCACCAGCUCCAGCACUCACAGGAGAAGAAGCUGAACUGGUGGAACAGCUCAGAAAGAACAUUGAGUCUCGGCUAAAAGUUUCGUUGCCUAAUGACCUGGGGGCGGCGCUAACAGAUGGGGUGGUGCUGUGCCAUCUCGCCAAUCAUGUGCGGCCUCGCUCGGUCCCCAGCAUCCACGUGCCGUCACCUGCAGUGCCCAAGCUGACUAUGGCUAAAUGUCGACGGAACGUUGAGAACUUCUUGGAGGCGUGUCGUAAAAUCGGUGUUCCUCAGGGACGUCUGUGUUCAGUUGGUGAGGUGUUGGAGGGCAAAGCUCUCUGUUUAUACAGGCUGAUUGAAGCUUUGCUCUCACUAGCGCCCCCUAUGCGUCCAUCUCCUCCAGCACAUCUGGCUGGCUUUGCGCUCUUUUACCUGUCCUUCAUGUCUAUAUUGUGUGCUCUCUACUGCCACCUGGUGCCAUGUUUCUAAUCAGCGCUCAUACACAUACAGUGUGUGUCUUCUGCACUGAAACAAAAUGUUUAAUAUCUGCACUAAUAAACAAGACAAUCAUCAGCUUGUUCCUGCGAAGGCCAUAAAGUCCCUACCUUUAAAUUCAGGGUAUGACCUCUCAUGUAAUUAUCUAAUGAUCAUGGCCCACAUGAUCAGUUUGAAUAGCACAACAGUUUAGUAGAUAACUGACUAGAAUGAUAAACAGCACAAGCUAAUGGUUACAUUAUUGUCUGAGUUCUCAACCAAGAAUAUUUUUUAACAUUAGUUUGUUCAUGUCUUUAAACAAGAUUCAAAUUUUUUCUUUACUAAUAACCAACAUUAACACUAAAACACAAAUCAGGUAUCUGUCCAGUUUGGUAGCAACAUCGCCCAUUUGGAAUGUUAGUUAUGUGCAUUUAGUUCUCAUUUGGUCUCGGUGUGAGUAAAGCAGAGAUAGUUCGGCCUUCAAGCCGAAAAUUAAUCUGAGAACAAAUCCAUAGAAAUAAACCCACCAAUUUUAACACUGAUUAAUUUUUUUUUUCCCCUAGUUAGCUUUAGAAGCUUUACAUAGCUUCUAGUAUUUCCCAGAAGAAAUUUAAAAAAGGCUGUGCAGGCUACGCCCACAAAGAGCAAAUUACAAGCAACUUGUUACUUUCUAGUGUAAACCUAGAAUACAAGUUCAAAUUUAUGUUUAAUUUAUUAAUGUAAUCAUCUUUUAAAAAAAUAAGUUGUGUUAGUUUCUAGUGGUUGAUGGUGUGGGCGGGGAAAACGGUUCUUGUUUGUAGACUCAGACUUGUUUGUAAACCUCUCAGUACCUAAAGGAAGUAGCCAUGUAUUUUUAAAACUAAGUGCCCCUGUUCACAUCUAAACAUUUUUACAAUCUCCUUCCAAAGAGUGGAUUUGCUGAAAUCUUGGCUGAGAAAUGCUGCUGUUAUUCCUGAGCUUCUUAUUGGCUGCUUUUAGUGGUGCACAUUUGCCAGUAUACAGUAGUGAUUGUUUUUAAUCUGCAAUAAUGUAUUCUGGGUCUCAGGGUUGAGAAAAUGAGGCCUUUUGUUAAUAAAAAGGAUUGUUGAAAUAGAUAAUCUGUAACUUUGUAAGUUAAUUAGAUAGCUAGAACAUAGCUUACCGAAAUAAAUAAGUGUUUUUGUAUGGGAGAUGAUCUAAGAUCAUAUGAUGAUGGGGUACUAUAGUUUAAACCAGUGUUUUCCCCUUUGCCAUUACAGGCUUCACUUGACCGCCCAGUCACAAGUUUUGGCCUUACUACCAUACUAUGCUCUUGCAGGUUGUUGACCCCGCAUGAUGGCUCCAUGUUGCUAUUGCAUGCGAGCUUGACCUGGUCACAAGAGUGAUCCAGUCACUUGAUGUUUAUCCGUGAACACCAUUUUUUGGUCUAGCUUCACUUGUAAUCUUGCUCGUGAUGAGCCCACAAUAUGGCUUUAGAUUACCAUUUUGGGCUGAGCUCUACUGUCCAGUCACCAGACACUUGCCUGUGCACACCACAUUAUUCAUCUCGCAGGUGGUUGACCCUGUGGCUUCAUGUUGCCAUUACAGGCUGAGCUCAGCUAAGUUUAAAAGACACUUGUCUGUUUAGACCACCCCUUAUACUGGCUCAACUCUUAGUCUUGUAGGUCACAGAGCUUACAUGAUGGCUCAGUGACACUUCCGAUAGGUUACAAAAGUAUCCCGCUCACCACCACCUGGCUCAGGUCCACCCUAAAUCUUGCAGGCAUUGUGGCCACCACAUUGCUAUUUCAGGUUGAGGUUGAGCAAUUUACAUACGUGGCCUGGUAAUUUGACACCAGUGAACACCACCCCAAGGACUAGCUCCAACCAUUUUAUUUUGCAGGUUGUGAACCAACAAGAUGGGAAGAUUUCUGGUCAAGCCUGACCUGGUUAUGUAAGUGACCCAGUCAUCAGGCUGUAACCCUAAUCCACUUUUGUUGGGCAUUGAUUUGGAAACUUUUGUGGGCCAUGUGUUUGGACUCUUUGAGGAAACCCGAGUACCCAGAGGAAACCCAUCAAGCAGGGAGAACAUGCAAAUCAAACUCUAACCUUGGAAGUGUGAGGCCACCGUGCUCCCACUUGUCAAAUUUCCCCUCUUAGAUCUGUUGAUCAAAGGUGGCCCCUACUGUGAGCGUAGAGUACCCUGUUCCUGAGUUUCACAGAAGUAUAACUUCUAACUAUUGCAGGAUUAAGGUUGCUGUACUGGUCUGUGGUGUUAACGCAAGAGCUCAGUUUGUGGCUGAAAUAGAUAGACAGACAUUUUAUUGAUUACGAGGAAAAUUCCAUUAAUGGUCUGUUGCUCAGUCAGGCUACAUGGCUAUAGGGUCUUGAGUACAGGUUGUGCAAAUGAGGUUCCUGUGCAGAGAUGCAGGGCUUACUCUCUGAUAUUUGGAGACGUUCGACAAUCUGGGAACAACUUGUUUCUGCUGUUCCUUGAGGUAGUCAGGGAUCUUUACAAGUCUUUACUUUGUUUGCAUGUUCCAGUGCUCUGAGACUCCAGAGCAGACCCAGGACCCACUGGAAAUAGGAUGUUGGGAUGAGGGGUCUGGACUAAACCUCUCAGCCUGGGUACC